AUGGAUACAUGUGCUGAAAAUGGCCUCACAACUACUGAUGAUGAUAGAGCAGCCUCAACUGAAAUGGCCAGACCCAAUCCUGCAUCCAAAUCACACAAACGAAGAGGACCUACAAGGAUGGAACAUAUUAUGAUGGAUGAGCCGCCUCAAUAUAAUGAGUUUGGAGUUGCAAUAAACCGUGCAGCCGUGCACAUGAACAACUUGGAGGGAUCGCUAGUUAGAAGUACAAUACCAAUUUCUAUACGUCAGUGGAGAGACACGCUUGAAGACCUUAAGAACAGCAUAUGGGAAGAGAUAAAGAAAUCUUCCAAUAAAGAUGAGAAUUUGAAGAAGCAAACUCUCAUAGAUUGUGCUGUGAAAUGGAGGAGAUUCAAGAGUUGUAUGUAUUUAAACUAUGUCAAACUAUAUUUGGGCAUGCCUGAAGUUUCGAAGCACCGACCACAAGUAUAUGAUUUUAUAACCCAGGACGUUUGGGAUGAGUUUGUAAGUCAAAGGUUGACCGACGACUACCAGGAAAUAAGUAAAAAAAUUUCUGAACGAAGACAAUUAAACAAGGAUCCACAUCGAGUGGGUGCAUUGGGAUAUGCGAGAUUGGAAGUGCUCAUGGAUGGCCUAAGGAACCAAGCCAACAAAAGGGAAAUUGAGUCCUCCCCUCCGGAUGAUAUUCUUACGCAAGCAUUAGGGACUGAGGAGACUGAAGAAGAUUCGUUGUUCAUAAAUUGUGGUGGUGAGGAAAUCGAUCAAUAUGACAGUGAUAAUGAAACAUCACAAGCUUUUAUAAGCCCAAAAGGAAACUGGGCUUAUAGCAAUUCUGGAGGCUUUUUAUCAACAUUUUUGAAUUCCAGUGAAUAUAUCAAAAGAGAGAAAUGUGCAAUUCCUGUAGCUGAUGCACCUCUAUAUGCGAAGGCUCGCCUCUCUCCUGCCUCUCUAAAGUAUUCUGGAUUUUGUCUGCGUAAAGGUCGUUACAAUGUCACACUUCAUUUUGCUGAAAUUGUUUUUGCCGAAGAUGAAGACUACAGCAGUUCAAUGAAACGGAUUUUCAAUGUCUAUAUACAGGGUGAGAGGGUAUUAACAGAUUUCAACAUCAAAGACAGCGCAGGGGGUCCAAAAAAAAUUAUAGCAAAAAAUUUCACGGCAAAUGUCACUGAUAAUGAUUUGUUGGAGAUCCACUUGUACUGGGCUGGAAAAGGAUCCUCGACCGAUACAACUCCUUUUAAUGGGCCUCUUAUCUCUGCCAUCACAACUCUUGAAAUCAAAGGUAAGAAACUGUCUCCUCUACAAAAAGCAUUGAUUGCAUUGGCAUCAAUAGUAUUCGCUGCGCUACUUCUGUUGGCUUUGGCUUGGGCAAUGGGCUGGUUUGGAAAAGAAGAGCUUCAUGGUCAAGAGAAGCCUGUCACUCUCAAACAGUUAAAAGAUGUCACUGGAAAAUUCAGCAAAGAAAUGGAGAUUGGUAAAGGGAGCUCCGGAACUGUUUAUAGGGGAAGGCUAUGCGAGAUGGUCGAUAAAAAUUUAUUGGGGUAUGAUGAAAAAGAAGCCAUGACAAUUCUAAAGUUACCAGUGAGGUGCAUCAAUAUAUCCACUAGUUUCAGGCCCACACUGUCUGAAGUUGUAAGUGUUCUGAUAGGUGAGAAAACUAUUGACGAUAUUUGGAAGCCUGAUUCCACCCAAAAUCUUUGCCAAAACUGUUUAAAAUCUCUACGUGAAGAUGACAGUGUAGUAGAGCAUCCACGCGCCUAG